CAUGAAUUAACACAAUUACAUUUAUAUUUGAUUGUAAAAUAAUGUAAUUAGAAAAAAUAAUAUAUGAGUGUAAAAAUACUAGAAAAUCGUUUAAAGACGAUUCUGGAAAAAAGAGGUUUACUUUGGCCUCCGGAAUCUUUCAGUAAAUUUCACAUUACAUGCUGUAAAAUAGAAGGAGAAGAAUGCGAAGUUGUAUUAAUUGAUGAUAUUUUGGAAGAUUUGAGAGAAUCGUUCUAUGAUUAUAAAAGACAAAAAAUCAAUAUUUUAAAAAAUAUAAUCAACUCAAUUCUCAAUCAAACGAUUCCAGAUGCAAAUAUGAAGAAGAAAAGGAAUAUUAAUGAAGAUAAAGCAAAUUUAGGGUUGAGUAUGGAUUUGGAUGAGCCAAUUAUUAAUCUCAAUAAUACCUUAACAAAUAAUUAUAAACUUACAAAUACCAAUACCAUUAAUAAUAAUAAGAUUAAUGGAAUUAAUGGUAUAAAUCCUGUAAAUAAUCCUAGUAAUGAUAAACAAAAUGAUUUGGAUGAGGAAGAAUUAGAUUAUAAAUUCAUACCAGAAUUGGAUGUUAAAACGAAAUUGAAAGAUGUUGGUGGCAUAGAUAAGAUAAAAGGUGAAAUUGAAGAUUUAGUUAUAAACCCUUUAAAGUAUCCUCAAUUAUAUAAGCAUUUGGGGGUUCAACCUACCAAAGGCGUCUUGUUACAUGGCCCACCGGGUUCUGGAAAAACUAAAUUAGCGGAAGCUAUUGCAGGAGAGAUCGGAUGUCCAUUUUUUCGAGUUGCAGCUACUGAGAUAGUGACAGGGAUGUCGGGAGAAUCUGAGAACAGACUUCGAAGUCUAUUUGAACAGGCCAAAGCCUGUGCUCCAAGCAUUAUUUUCCUUGAUGAGCUCGACUCAAUUACUCCAAAAAGGGAAAAUACGUUUAGAGAAAUGGAAAAACGAAUUGUUUCACAAUUAGGAAUUUGUAUGGACUCACUUCAAAAUCAUUUUGUUAUUGUGAUUGGAGCUACGAAUAGGCAAGAAUAUGUUGAUUCGAUGAUUAGACGUAAUGGUCGUUUUGAUAGGGAAAUAUCAAUGGGAAUACCAAAUCAAGAAUCUAGAUAUGAUAUACUACAGGCGUUAUCCGUGAAUAUAAAGAUUGCUGAUGAUGUUGAUUUUGAAGAAAUUGCUAAUUUAACCCCUGGAUUUGUUGGUGCUGAUCUUCAAGCAGUUCUCAGAGAAUCCGCCAUCCACUCCAUAUCAAGAUUAUUCAAAUCCUACUCCAUUGCCAAUACUGAUAUGAAUGAUUUGAUGAAGAAUUUGUACAUAAAUAGGGAGGAUUUUUUAAUUGGGAUUAAUAAGGUCCAGCCAAGUUCUAAACGUGAAGGUUUUAUUACCAUCCCGGAUGUUACCUGGUCUAAAAUUGGGGCUCUUUCAUUUCUCAAGUCUGAAUUAGAAAAACAAAUCGUUUUCCCAAUUAAAUACAAAAAAUUAUAUCAACGUUUCGGUAUUGGCAUUUCUGCUGGAAUCUUGCUAUACGGUCCUCCAGGAUGUGGUAAGACGUUAUUGGCAAAAGCUAUCUCCAACGAAUGUAACGCCAAUUUUAUCUCAAUUAAAGGGCCUGAAAUAUUGAAUAAAUAUGUUGGGGAGAGUGAAAAGGCUAUUAGAUUAAUAUUUCAAAGAGCUGCCACGAGUUCCCCUUGUAUUAUAUUUUUUGACGAAGUCGAUUCUCUUUGCUCCAUCAGAAAUGAUUCUAAUCAAGUUUAUGAACGAAUUGUUAAUCAGUUAUUAACAGAAAUGGACGGGAUACAGAAUAGAGAAUAUGUAUACAUAAUUGCCGCUACUAAUCGACCUGAUAUCAUCGAUCCCGCAAUACUAAGGCCAGGUCGAUUGGAGAAGUUAUUUUAUGUUCCCUUACCCGAUGAAGAUGAUCGCGUGGAUAUUUUACUUAAAUUAACAUCUGACGUUCCUGUUGAUCCCUUGGUUAAUUUUAAAAUUAUAGCGCAACGAACUAACGGGUUUAGUGGAGCGGAUUUGGCGAGUUUGUGUAGAGAAGCAAGUAUAAUAGCAAUUGACGAGAUAAGAAUGAGUAUGAGUGAGAGUUCAGUAUCCGAUUAUAAACUGAGUGCCCCAGAAAACUCAGUGUUGAAGAUGGAACACUUUCAAAAGGCUCUUCUCAAAGUUAAACCCUCGGUCAAACAACAACAAAUCGAUUUCUACCACAAUUUCAGACUUAAAUAUUCUUAGCCAACUUUCAAUACACUUUAAAUAAUUGCAAUAGCAGUUAUAGAUACUGUUUUAAUAUAAAAAC